UUGAUUGAAUAAAAAAAUAUUCCUAAACGUAAAUGAAAUUAAUAAUAAAAUUAAGGAAGUAUUAUUAAAUUGCUUGCGAUAUUAAUAUCUCAGUUUCAGUUUAGAAUUGCGUUUCAAGACCGAAAAUUAAAUCGCGCAGAUGAACUGAAUAUAAAAUCAUACUGAAAUAUCAAGCAAGAUGUAGCUUAGAUCGAAAAAAAAAACAUUUCCUUAAUUGUAUUGAAUAAGUAAAUUAUUGAAAAAAAUAUAUAAUAGAAAAUCGAGAUUAUCGCGAUAUUACUUGUUCUGUCUUUUAUUUAGCGUCUGCAUGUAUGAUUUCAAUGCUCCCACAAUUGCACAAUUAUCUUGUCCGACUGAUGUGCACUUCCGAAGUCGGAAAUACGUAACGUUUGCAUUUCCGUCAUUCGAAGGAAAAUUCAGAACGCGCAUCAUAUGAUUCGCAGUGCGUCUACAGUGCUCCCUAAACAAUUGAUCGUAUCCUCUCGUAAAAUCUCAAGACAAAAUAUUCGCGGAAUGCUGAGCUUCAGUUUAACUUUAGUGAUGUUCUUAGUCAUCGUAUGUGCAGCCAUCUGCGAUCGCUGCUGCUUAAUCAGUCGUCACGAGUUGCCGCGGUACGACCUAAUAAAGAACAAUUCGCGCUCGAGUCAACCGAUCAUCUCGCGCAGGGCGACCGCCAGCGUGGACGAGUGCAAGGAGUUCGCCGCGUCGAAGAAAGCCCUCGCCUUCAAUUUCGUUUCCGCGAGAAACCGCACCGGUGAACGGGAGAACUCGUGUCAAGCUCUUCAAUGCCCGGAAGAUCACAAUACGACUACCCUCGUGCCCGCGGCAAAUUGCAACUAUUACAGCAUGUAUCCCGCUUUGCCUCCGCCCGCGAAUGCUACGGUGAAAUGCGUUCCUAAAGCGGGGAUGUUCAUGUUUUCGUCCGAGAGCUUGAAUUACACGGAGGCACGGAGUUUCUGCCAGAAGCGAAACGCAUCGCUCGCGCAUGUGAUAAGCGAGGAGCGCACGGAAAACCUCGGCAAAUUGGUGUCGCAGAACAUUUCCAGAUUCGUGGGUCUAAGCAGCGAAAGCAGGGAGAGAAUCUGGAAGAACGAAUUCGACGAACCUUUGACUUGCUUCGACUAUCGAGCGUGGGGCGAGGGAGAGCCGUCGCACUCGAGGGGCUGUGUCGCCCUCGCGAAUCCGUCCGCCAAAAACUCGCCGCCCUUCUGGAAAGUGAUGCCGUGUCACGCGUCGCUGCCGUUUAUCUGCGAAAUCUCGCCGUUACCUCGAGAACCGUCGAAGCAGCGUAAUAAUGAAGAUCGCACAUAAUACGAUUAGAUCCAAUUGCACUGAAAAUUUAACUGUAUUAACAUUUUUCUCUCAAUGUGGUUCUGGAAACACCCGGAUUUCAAUACAAAUUCUGGAAGUUCGGUGGCAAAACGGAACGUCUGAGGCCUUACGAAUUCGUAAGUACAGGCCUAAUCUCUAAUUAACGCGUUUACAUCGUUUUCUUCUAUUUUCAAAGCGGUCACAUUAAGAUCGGAGUGUUGAACGAUUGUAUUUAUAACGAUUGGAUCGCAAGAGAUCACUUUACGAGGGAAGACGAUGUACCUGUACAAGUGCGAAACUAUGACUAACUGAUAUACUCGCGACAAACGACUUGUCCGUUCUAAAAUAUAUCUCCAAAAGACGUAAGAUGCAAUCAAGUAUUUUAAUUGAGCUUCCACGGAUCUCGUGUGAUUAUAAGGUGAUUUUACUCAAAAUCGUAAUUAUGGAGGAAAAGAAAAAGAAACGGAGCAAAGAUUCUUCCGAAUUCGCUUAAAAACUAUUAUUGUCACGCAUUACACUUGCAAGACGGUGCAUAAUGGUGUGUCGCACAUUUCGUUUAAAACCGAAGCUCGGCGUAUGAGUGAACAUAUAUAUGCACGUAAAAAAUUGUCCCGUUUAAACGGCCUGAUCUGCAGCGAAAUAUAAAAGUACAAAAAGACGUGUGAUUAUCGAGCGAAUCUGAACUGGUGGUCUCGUUUGUCUUAAACUUUCUUUUUGUAUAAGCAUGGUCAGUGUUAGAUGCCGAUUUUAAGUUAGUUGCCUUUUGAUUAAAAUAAAAUUCGUGUUACAUAUAUACAUAUAUGUAUUACGCAAAAAUUAAUCAUACAAUUCUGUGAACGAAAUUGCAAGAAGAAGCUUUUCAAACUUAUCUACGAUACUCUACGAAUGCAAAGAGGUACCUCCGUCGUUAAAAGCCAUUGCGUUUUUUACGUUAAUUACGUUAAUUCGUUAAGCUUUUGUUAAUUAACUUCGUGGAACUGUUCUUGCGAUGCCUUGCGAUAAAUUUUCAAAAUAGCAUAUGCGUGUCGAUAAAAAGUGCGCUUUAAAAUAAUGAAUAAAGUAGAUCGGUAUCGAAGUAAAUACCUUCUCUCGCGGAAAAGAGGGGAAAAUACGUUACAAACUAUUCAGUACGUAAAUUUAAUUACGCAAAAAUGCAUGUAUUCAAAGAUUAUAGCCUUACGAUAAUCAAGCCAACUUACGAAUUGCAUAUCGAUAUCUCUCUAUAAUGUUCGGGGACGGAUUACACGCGAAAUAAAAACUUUUACGUUUGAAACGGCGUUUCUCUUUACCGCGUUACUUUUUCUCUAUGCAGGAAAUUGGUAACAAUUAUGUAAUAUGUACCGUUAUCAGUGGAAUUUAAUUUGAGGAAUUGACAGUUCCACUUAAUGUAAAUAUACAUUUCUCUUUCUUGCAAAAUUUAUUGCAGCUAUACGAACGUUAUGCAAUUAUGAAGUAUGCUUGCGAGACAUUAUUAAGUGAUUGAGCCGCCCCAAAAUAUAUUUCGUUUUCUACGCACGAAUCUUAAAUACUGUGCAGUAUAUUGAUAAUUCGAUCAACAUAACACGCAUUCGAUUAUCAAGUAAAUAUGAUAAUUAUACUGCUCUCUAAAUUUGCCAGAUUUCGCAACGUGGAACUAUUGGUUGCUAAAAACUAAAAUGGAGACGAGAGAGAAAAUAUAUAUAUGUGUGUGUGUAUAUGUACAUAUUAUUCAAUGUACGCACAUCUGCAUAAAAAUAAAGUCUCUUUUUAUGUCAAUCUGAUUAGAGGAAAUAGCUUUCAGUCCACUAUUGUUAGUUAAAAGUAUUAAAUAUAUUUUAUGGAAUACUGAUAUAAAAAACUAAAUAGUGCCUCGUAUUUCCUCUUAUAUAUCUAUAAUCCUCUCUUACGUUUUCGCCGUUAUUUACUUAAAAUUUCAUUUUCAUAAAAAAAUAAAAACAUUUUUUUUUAUAUUCAACACGAUUGCAUCGAAUAAAGUUACUAAUUUGUCGUUUAAAGCGGCCUACAAUGCAUUUCUUAGUCACAUGUCGUCCUGUCACGAUAUACUUUCAUAUUUAGGACAGAACAGAAGUGUUUUUUCCGUAAAUGUUUCUCUCUCGCGGUGUGCCUCAUUCCUAUAUGUAUAAUAUAACCACGUGACGCUACGAUAUAUCACAUAUCGCGUUAUUAGCACCGUUUCAAAGCCAUUCCGUCACGGGAGAGGGGGGGGGGGCGGAAUAUGCUUCGACAAGCGGGUGAAAAUAAAUGGCUUCGACGAACGCACGUCGAAUUAAGACUUGUACGCGAGUCGUAUUUGUCCGUAAGUUCGGUGAUAUAUUACUCGUGAAAAAUCAACGAGGAUCGCUUAUCACUUAUCGUCGAAUGAGGCAUCUCGGAAAUGCAAUAAACAAAAAAAUGCUUACAUUGGCACUCAGAUUACUGAAGAAAUAAACCUAUAGCAAAAUCAUCACACACAGUUAUCGCGAGGCAGCUGCGUUUCGUUGAAUAAAAAAGAAUCACAUAUAAUUCUUACGUCCUAUCGAACUAUCGGGAUUUAAGUACUUUUCUAUCCUCCUGUCGUUCGUGAUAAUAAAAUUAAGAUAAUUAGCACAAUCCUUCGUAAAUUCUAUUAAAAUACAUACGUAAAAUAAGUAACGUAAAACAAUAAAAAAAUGCAAAUUGGUACAAGAAAAGCACAGGCACCCAUCUGGAAGGACACUUGCGCUAUUUUUUCCAUUCUUUCUUUUCUUUUUUUUUUGGAACUUCACGUCGCAAGGUUUUUUACGCUACUGACAUUGGGAGAAGUUUUGUCGUAACAAUCUAGAAUAUGUGCAAAUAUACAUUGAAGAUUUGCAUGUAAUUCUGAUAUGUGUCGUGAGUUUGAAAUAAAAAUUGUGGAGCUUAAGCCGCACGCGAUUGCGAAUAUAUGUCCGGGCAUCGGCUGUCGAUUAAUUUUAUCAAAGAGAGUGAUAAAAACUCCGGCAGUUACAAUGAGAUCUGUUAAAAUUAUCGGGGGAAAAAACCAAGCGAAAGAAAAAUACUUUUACGCGGGCGAUGAGAAUGUCAUAUGGAAUGUUGCGUUUUUCACCGGAUCACGCGAAUACUGCAUCGACGGAGCAAACAAUACCAAAUGAAUAAAUA